ACCCUCCAACUCACAACAAUUUUUGUUUCCAAUCGACAAGUUGAUGUGUUAGUGCGGCGUUUUUAAAAGACUGCAGAUUAAAACCUUAACCUGACGACUUUGUAUCGGUUUCUUGAGUAAAUAUGGACGAACUAAGACAUCAAGUUAUGAUAAAUCAGUUUGUUCUUACAGCAGGAUGCGCGGCGGAUCAAGCAAAGCAGUUUUUACAAGCUUCACACUGGCAGUUUGAGGCUGCCCUCAGUACAUUUUUCCAAGAGGCUAAUAUUCCUUACAGCCAUCAAAUGAUGUGCACUCCAGCCAACACGCCAGCAACACCUCCAAACUUUCCCGAUGCCCUGGCCAUGUUCUCUCGCCUAAAAGCCUCCGAAAGCUUCGGUAGCAGUAGCCCCAUUACUUCAAUGGCCGCAUCGCCAGCUCCUCACCCCAACUGGGCCAUGAGUCCUCCGCCAACCCCGGGCCUGCAGGGGCGAUGGACUCCAGCUCAGUUCAUGCCCCAGCCGCCCUCUCCAGCCUGGCCUUCAGCCGUGAGUCAGCAAGCCUCCGCUGAGCACAUCAGUAUUAUGAUGGAGGCCGAGAGAUAGAGACUGCUUUAACUGGCCAUCACACCUUACAGGAAGACGAGGACGGAGCUUCCUCUUGAUGAUAUCAGCAGCUGUGGAUGCAAAAGAGAGCAAGCGGAUUGACUGUGGAACGGAGCGCAUUCGCUCCAUCUGUGGACAUCUGGGAGUGUUUUCAAAUGCUUUCUGUUGGCAAUUACCAAAAACGUGGAUCAGAGCGAGUAAUUAUGUAGCAUAUUCACGGAUAACCUCAGACAAAUAAAUGUGUUACUGAAUAUUGUGUUUAAUUUCAGCAGUUCUCAUUUAAUGGUGGAUAUUUAACCUACAGUGCAUGCUUUAAAGUCUACAUUCCUCAAAAGAGUUUCCACAUCAAUGCUAUUGAAGAACCAUUUUGGGAUACACAAAGAAUUUAGUGACCAAUUCUUAAAAAAGCUACCUUAGUGUGCACAUUAGUGUUGUCAUGAUAUUGGAUUUUGGUCCCAAUCAGUACUGGAAUUUUAAAAACAUCCAUUUUCCACUAACAUUUGAGCACUAUUGAGCAUGUUCUUAAACAGCGCUGAUUUGCCAUUGUGUUCAUGUGCUCAACAGAAAUGACUGUGAUUGGCCGUGAAGAUCAUCACUGAACUCAUCGCUGUUUACUGAGUGUCAUCACAGAUACAGGGACAUUAGAGUUUUAGAGGUGCGAUUCGUCAGUGGAUUACUCUUAUGUCGGCUUAAAGACAAACCAGCUGAUCGACGUGUUAUUAAAUGCUCCAGUGUUCCUGUAUCAGUGGGUUACCCUAAGGCAGGGGUGUCAAACUCAAUUCCUGGAGGGCCGAAGCCCUGCACAGUUUAGUUCCAACCCAGCUCCAACACACUUACCUGUAGGUUGCAAACAAGCCUGAAGGACUCGAUUAGUUUGAUCAGGUGUGUUUAAUUAGGGUUGGAACUAUACUGUGCAGAGCUGCGGCCUUUUUGGAACGGAGUUUGACACCUGUGCUCUAAGGAAACGGGUGAGUUUGAUGAACUGAUGACCUUCACAGCCAAUCACAGUCAUUUCUGUUGAGCACAUCAACACAAUUGGAAAUCAGUGCUGUUUAAGAAUGUGUUAAACAGCGCUCAAAUGUUAGUGGGAAAUGGACUCUAUGUAUUGAUUUGUACCGAAUUUCAGUAUAGGGGGUUGUCACGAUACUGGAAUUCGAUACCAAU